GACGCAGCAAAGCCCGUUUUACCAGAAUUAAAAGACACGCCUCUUCCACGCACAAAAACCUAACACAAACUCCACAAACUUUCUUGCCCUGGGAUUUGUGUUGCUGUAAAUCAAAAUCCUGAUGGAGGAGGCAUACGCUCAGCUGUAUCAGGAGUUUGUGCGCCUCAGGUCUCUGUGUCUGAGACAGGCCUCGAUGCUCCAAAAGCUCACCGCUGCUCUCAAGCAGCAACAAGGGGGUUCAAAUAAAGAUCCUGGAGACCUACCAACACAGUUGGACUCUGAAUACCCCGUGUACCUGAACUCAUCUCCUCACCCAACUCCUCCUCUCCUCACUCCAGCAGCACCGUGUGGCGUUCAGGAAUCUUCCAUAAAUAUUGGAAACUUCUCCAACCUCCUGGCACAAGACAUGUCCAAGCUGUCUGUGAAUACCAGUGUCCAAAAGAAAGACCCCAAAUCUGAGCUCAGCAUUCCUCAGUCUCUCUCUUCAGUCUUGACCUUGUCCAAUGGAGCUUCAUAUAAUAAAUGCCUUCAUCAUAAUGGGGAAGAUACAGAGAGAAAUACCCCUGUAACUGGCUACCUCAACACCUCAGGGACCCCGUACUCCCACCACCUCCCUACCCCUGGCGGAAUGAUGAUUUCUGAUGUGACUCUGCAGUCCCACUUGUGUGAGUUCUGUCAGGCUGUGUUCCCCGCUAACACCACCACCAGGGGGCAGUAUCUACAACACCUCUACACACACAUCACAUAGAAGAGAGCCCAUGUGCUGAACUGGUUUCUGUGAAUUCAUGAAUAAAUAUGGGUAGUUUUUAAAUACAGAGUAGUAUGUAUUGUAUGAGCCGAUCUCCUUUUCUCUAAUGGUGCAAUAGGCCAGUAUUUGUGUAUAUUAUUUUAUUAUGAUAUGAAACGAGAAUAAUAUUGAUACAUGGCGGCUGCUGUCAUCAACAUUUCCUGGGGUGUGAUGCUAACUGAAAACACUACUCAGAUCACAACAUUGGUUUUAAUCUAAAUCUUAAAAAUUGUGUGUUUUCUCUUGAGUUUUAAAACUGUUAUGUCUAUGUUUUCUAAUGUGUGCAUUGUGUCACCAUGGAAAACCUCAGAACAUUGUGCCAUACAUAUACAUGCUGAACACCCCCACCAUGAUGUCAUUGUAAAGUAUCAAUACAAAUCUGGGACAGAGAAUGAAACACCAUAUAUUUGCAUAUUUUGUUAGUGGAAUGUAGUCUCUAUUCUGUGCGUUGUAUAUGAAGUAAUUGCUAGCUCUUGGUAAAGUACAUUGUGAACACUUUAGAUUACUUAUGGGCAUAGUUAGAACCCUACUAGGAAGAUCACCGGUUCAGUACUCUGGACUCAUAUAUAGAUGGAUACUUUAUUUAUCCCAAAAGAAACUCAUUUUAAAAAUGUAUUUCAUUUAAUUUUCAAAUUAAUUUCUAUGUGGAGUACUGAAGUGGUUUAGUUCUUUUUUCUAUUGCUCUAGACUGGACUCUGGAUUAGCUUUAACUUAAUUUUGUAAAGUUGUCAAAAGGGGCAUAUUUUGCUAUUUUCCUCAUGUCUCUUACAUUUUAACAUUUUGCAAAUAUAAAAAAAAAUAUAUAUAUUCAUAGUCCAAAAUGUGAUGUCAAAAUUGUGAACUGAACCAUUAUUUAUUCAUUGUAAUAUUAAUAUAAAGAUCUUAUGUCUCUUGUCUUGAUCUCUACCUGAUUGUGUACGCACUGUUUGUUAUCUCUCGUUUAAACAAUAAAGCAGCAGAAGUGGA